AUGUUGGCCCCUCCUAGAGACCGAGAACCUGCGCCGAGCUCCGCAGGAUCUAGUUCUUCUCUCUGCGGUUGGCGUUACGUGAUAUGCUCCGAGGGCCCCCCAGGAGCCCUCAAGUUCUCGGGAGCUAUGGAUCGUUAUGAGGUAGUAAAAGCAUCGGACCAGGGUGAUCGGUCGCCUAAGAUGGGUUCCUAA